ACGUGGAAUUCCGGUAAAUUAGUAAAAAGAGUAAAAAGAGCGUUCAUUGAGAAAGCAGCUUGGAGUUGCUCGAAGUAGCUUUGACAGUUAUUUGUUGACAAAAAAUACGAGCUAGUACAACCAACCCCGAGCAAGUUCGAUCAAAGUCAUUGAACACAGCUACAGAAACCGAACAAAAAAUAUCAAAACAAACCGCUUUUAUAUUAUGUGAUCUUUGCUAAUAAUAUUAUUCUUUCUUUGGUGAAAAUAUUUGACGAAGGGGUCGAAAGUGAAUAAUUAAAUUGUAGUAUUAUACGAAAUGUUAUCGAAAUGUGUAGUAGUAACUUCGCUGGGCAGCCUUUUGCUGGUCAUGUAUGGGCUGCUAAUAAAUAUCACCAAAAUCGAAGAAAAUCGAUGUAAGCUAACUUACAUGUACGAAUAUCCCCAGUUUGUGAGGAUCAACUUUGCGGAAAACGAUCAAUAUCCGGCGUAUGGCCUGUACGCCUAUUCGGAAGGUCAGCUGGCCCAGAAUGCUCGUAAUAUGCUGUACCGGGGUGCGCCCGUGAUUUUCAUACCGGGCAAUGCGGGAUCAUACAAGCAGGUGCGCUCGUUGGCAUCGGUUGCCCUCCGGAAGGGCUUGGACAACGGUCUGCGGUAUCAUCUCGAUUAUUUCACCGUUGACCUGAACGAGCAAUAUUCUGGACUAUAUGGCGGUGUGUUGAAUUACCAGGUGGAUUUUGUAAGUCUAUGUAUUCAUCGCGUUUUAAGCCUAUACAAAUCCGUUCCUGGAGGAUCUCCUACAGUCAUACUGGUUGGGCAUUCUAUGGGAGGUAAAAUAGCUCAGGCAGUGGCGACAUCUCCGGGAAUGGCGCCCCUGAUAAAUUCUAUCGUUGCCAUAUCUUCUCCAAUGGACGUCCCGGUACUUGCCAUGGACCAUUAUCUGCAGAAUUUUUACAACUCGGUUAACAGUCAAUGGAAGCAGAACCGAACUGUUUGCUCUAGCCCUGGUAAGGCUGCCCGGUUGAAAGUCGAAGAUGACUACUGUUUAACGCCGGAGAAAGGAUCCAGACCGUUGGAUCACAUCCUGCUGGUAACCGUUGGGGGAGGAAUCCGUGACACAAUGGUUCACGAUAGUUUAACCAAUUCGAUAUUCGGGGACGUCCACGCUAUGACUUACAACGUACCAAAUGUGUGGCUUUCAGUGGAUCACCAAUGUGCGGUAUGGUGCCUACAGUUUGUGCUUGUGAUGAAUCGGUUCCUGUACAGUCUAUUGGACGUUGAAAACAAACGAGUGGCAAACAAAUUUCUCGAGAAUAAGAAUAUGAGACACAAAAAUGCUCUGUUUUAUUUUAAGAAUGUUAAGUUUAUGGAAUCAUCUGAGAAGUUGGUGAAAAACGACGUCAGGUUCGAAGAUUGGAUUGAAGAUAUACGAAGGAAUUUUCAGCUGACUUUUGAAACGGGUCUGAACCGAACACGUGUUCAAAUGAUACCACUGAAUUCGAAUCCGUUGUAUCGAUACAUGAAAGCAGAGGUUAUAAAUCUGGACACUGAAAACUGGAUUUUUGGCUGUUCUGCAAUCGAAAUGGACAUCAACAUGCGUUAUUGCUCCACUGCGACGCCAUUGUAUAACUUCAGCAGUGUACUGCCACCGGCCGAAAAUGAUCGCCAAUUUGCGGAAAUAAAUCUUCACGACAUCAAGGCACAAAACCCGUCCUGGACUCAUUUGUUGCUGAAGUUCCUCAAAACCAACGAAGCGUUCAAGUUUACCGUAGAUAUUAACAAUCUUGACGAUCGAGUGCUGGACAUUCAGAUGCCAAAGUGGUUCUCAUAUAGCCAAUCGCAACUACUUGACGACACAGUAUUAGGCGCCUCGUUCUAUAAACUACGAAUAUUAGGAAUGGAUAACAGUUAUCAAACGUUGGCAAUCAAUAUCGACGUACGAUCUUGUAAUGCUGAACUUCCAUUUGUAGUCGCAAAUAUCAGUGUGCCGUGGACUGAUGGAUUUACUAAAUAUUCAUACUACUACAAAAAGAACCACAGCGUGAUUUACGCGUAUACACCAUACGAUAAACCAAAUGGCUUUAACUCGACCACAAAUCCCGUUUCGAUUGAUUUACAUUUGAAUCCAAGCUGCCGGUAUACGUUGAGCUAUUCUCAGUCGCUGAGCGUGAUGAUGGCGCGGGUCGUACAGCAGUUCGGUCAGUGGAUUCCGGCACAUUGCGUUGCGAUUUUGCUUCUAGCAAUUAAGCAUCAAGUAUCGGUUACGCCCGACAAUGAAAAUUUCAAGUGCGGCAAGCUCCACACAGCGUUGAGCAGAAGUACUCCAUUCUUCAUCGUGACAGCAUCACGAGUGUUCACCAAAAUGGUUCUGAUGUUCAAGGUGCUCCCCCAACCGGAACAGUAUGAUUUUUCCAUACUGAUAUCCGUAAUCAUUCACGGAGCAUCCUUGUCUCUCCUUCUGAUAUCAACGGCCUUUGCAUGGGCUGCAAUAGUUUUUUGUGGAAAUUUUGUUCAUAAAAUCUUACUCAAAAUCGUUUGUUUGCCCAUACCUGCGCUUUCGUCGACUGUGGUAUCGUGUAUACACAAAUUCCCUAUGGUAAUCGGAGGAAUAUUGAUGUCUGUUGCGUUAGCAUCAUGCGGAAGUGCCGCAUUGAUAUGUGCAUGCGUUGUAUAUUUCAUAAUUCUUACAAAGAUGUAUGAAAGUUAUCUAGAGCAUUUCGUUUUGAAAACGGCUCAACGCAUCGCGCAAAAGCUCUUCGGAAUAAACAUUCGGUGCAGAGGAGACCGACCAGAAAAACCACUUAAAGCCAAAGAAGAAACCAACGAUCCCGCCUCCGGCAACCAAUCCCCGGAAGCCGCAGUGCAACGGCAAGAGUACGACAAUGUGCACCACGGACUGAUCGAUAUAAAUUUCCAUCUACCGCUUUUCUUGCUUUUGAUAUUGAUUUCCCUAUUGAAUUUUCCAAGCUUCCUGACUUGGGCUAAACAUUAUAAUUUGAGUCCAUCAUUGAAGCCAGAUGCAUCACUCAUCCCUUCGGUCAUCAUCAUUGGAAGCCUGUCGGUACUUUGGCAAAUGAACGUUCCUAGAAACAUAUCGGGCUACAGGCUUCUAUCCGGAUUUCUGUACGUGGCUGCAGUCGUAUGUAUCAUUUACUGCCAAAUUUCCCUCUAUAGGUUAAACUUCAUAAUUGCAAUCACUUUCGCUGCUAUCACAAUACAUCAACUAGUCGGCUUAAGAAUCAAUAAUGAAUGAGGAGCUCUUUUGGGAGUCUUUAAGUGUCAAAUAUUUGGCUAGAUCGAACAGCAGUCAAAACGUUUGUUUGACAUUAGAGAAAUUCUGAUAGAGUCAAACAAAUAUCUUACCAAAGAUAAUAGGAACCAAUUGGAAUGAUGGUCUACAACGAAAAUGAAGAGAUUCGAAUGUGAAGUGUACCACAAGCCUACUUGGAGACACUUUUAUGAAAUGUUUGUCGACAAUCCUUAUUUAAUUUAGGUUCAUAAUUCCAGCGAAAACAUAUCAUUGAUUUGUUUCUGUUUGAAGGAUGCCCAAGUAACCAUGAUACUCAACUUGCAAUUUAUGCAUACACCAAAUAAAGUUAAUUUAAAGUAGGAGAGGGCCCCUAAAAGCAAUAUAAAAGUUAUAAUUUAUUACAUCAACCCGACUUUUAUGAGGCCCUUUUCAAUUUGAAAUCAACUUUGAUUGUAUUUAUACAGUAAUCAGAGACAAAUUAGUCGGGUUCAGAAUAGGUACCCAAGUUCAACAGAUCGCAGUACACUUUUCAUGGCAUCCUAGAUUUUUCUUUAUUAUCUUAUGUGCCAUAAAAUUUAGGGCAACUGCACUGAACAUGGAGGUCUUUGUUUCGUCUUUGCAGUAAUUUCAUUCUUUUAUACAUCAUGUGUAUAGUCAAACCUUCAUGAGUCGAUAUUGAAGGGACCAUCGAGUCAUAGAACAGCAAUCCUUUGGAAAGCUGUUUAGACGAACGGUCAUAGUAAUAAUAAGUAAUCAUGAAAUUUUGUUUCUAGUAUGAUUCCAUGAGUCGAUAACGUGUCAUGGAACAUCUACUCAUGGAGGUUUGAUUGUAUUCAUAAAUUGCAAUAUAAGCACCAGCGUUACUUGGAUGUAGUUUUUCAUAAAAGCAUUUGAUAUCAAACAAAUAUUUUUCAAAUAUAAUUGAAUUCAUUGUUCCCAAUCAAAACUUUGUCCUGAGAGCCAUAUUUCGGUUAUUGUCUGCAUAUUUCAUCGCAUUUACAAUUGCUGAUACAGCCAACUUUACCUUACUCGGUAUUCUGUAACGUGACUCAAUAUUUCCCCUAACUCAUUCCAUCGAGUCGCGCGGUUCAAUUUUGCAUACUUCGAUCCCCCUGUAAGUCCUCUCUAACACACAGUCAUCUAUUUCAUUUUUUUAUGAAAAAAUCAAAAUGUGUGUACUGUAAUCUUAAUCUAUGGUCCCUUCAAUAUCGAGUUAGGGAUAGUUCACUGUACAAACUUUCAAAUUAUCAUAAUCUUCAAGGUAAACCUUUAGAUUGAAUAAAUACCAUCGAGUUCCUUUAGUUUAUCAAAAAUUUCAUGGUUCGUGAGUUAAUAGAACUAAACACAAAGAGCACUAUUUUUUUAAAACCUGGGUUCUGAGGGAUCGACUUAAGUAAUAGAAAUUGUACCUAGUUUAAGAUCUAUUUCGUCUUUGGUAAAGUUUCAAUUAGAAUACAAGUUCGAUAACAAAAGCAAAAAGGAACAGUUAAAAAUAGUUUUAAACACGUCCAUCUGUCCAUAGCACUGCAAAAUGUUUAUCAAAGAUCUCAAAUAAAUUUGUUCAGACAAAAUUGGACCAUAAUAUGAAUCCAUAAAAUAAUGCAUUUGUUUGAUGUUAAAAAAUC